AUGGCAAAGGAGUUCGCUUCUGAGCCAUUUUCUUCUUCCGGCAGUUUCGACCUGAGGAGGUCGCUGAGGGCUUCCAGGGCUCGUCCUUGGUUGGCCAACAGCGUUCUUCGUGGACGGUCAACGGCCGCUGGUGUCAAGGGCGGUGAGGAUGCCCCUUCAUCGUCUGCGACCACCACUGUGACAAUUGUCUCCGACCCUGCGCCAACCGUUACUGUCUCGUGUGUAUCGGAGAAGCAAUCGUCGGACAACACAGCCGCUGAGGCGAAGGCUGAGACUUCGGUCAACGCCGGACCCAAGGCAAAGGCCAUGGGAUCUCGGAUCCCCGUACCGGUCACACCGGUCCUUAAUGGCAUGUGUUCGUCUCGACUUUGUGGAUCCAUCUCACUUGGCAAGGGAGGCGAUUUGGGAAAGGACAAGACAGCCACGUCUCCUACCGUCACAGGGGAGGCAGCCUCGGCGUCGCGGAUCCCGGUUCGCAUCAAGGUGUCGCAAGUUGGGCGACGGCCUGCUCUUGGGCAGGUACGACCUAGCAAGCCACUUGUUGCUCAUGCCGGGUACCCGAAGGACAAAGAGGCCGGCAACAAGAGGGGCACUGGGGGAUGUGGUGGUUUCCGCCCGAUUGUUCGACGACCAGAAGCGAUGUCGAUCCAGAGUUGCAUAAACCCGGAGCCAAUCAGGAGUCAUCGAGGAGACCGUCAGGUCAAAUCGAUCCUGAAGCACCGUGUUGAGCCCUCUGAGGAGACUGAGCGGACUACCUCGACUUCUGUCGGCCAUGGAGUGACAUCCGCUGACCUGGAUCAGAACAAGAGUGUGACAUUUGCCCCGUCGCUGUUAAUCACACCGGCCCGUUGUUGGCCAAAGGACAUCGUCCCGGACUGGCGUUGUCUUCAGUGUGGUAGCUGUGGGCAUUUGCCGUGGUGUCGCGAACUUGUGGGUGCGAAGCUAGGGCUGCAGGCUUCUGAUGUCUGGCUGAAAGAUCAACUGAUCCGAGGUCAUGACUACUUGAAGCAUUCAGGGGGUUAUCUCAGCAAGCACGGUUCUCAUCCUCCCACUGAACCAUGGAGUUUUUGA